CCCCCCCCUCGUAUCGAACGAGCAGAAAGAGAGGAGGGGCCCUUGCGGGUUGGCCUUCCGCCAGGCUCCCUCUCUCCCCCUUUCCAGCCUCUUCCUCCACGCGAUGCGGACGAGGAAGGCGGGACGGUGACCGGAUGGCCGGAUCCUCGAAGAAGACCCGGCUGCUGAAGCGCGACGAGGUCCCGCCGUACCUCCGCUUCAACCGGUACAUCCACACCGGAUACCGGCCGUCCGAUCUCACGUGGCGGGAGUGCCUCGUCAGCCUGACGUAUUUCCACAAUGAGACCGUGAACAUCCUCACUCACCUGGUGGUGAUAUUCCUGUCGGCCUGGGGCCUGUACGUCCUGCCGCCAUGGGAGGAGAUCACCCUGCCGUACUUCCCGGCCAUCCUGUCCAUCGGGGUGAUGUCGCCGUGGCUGGGGAGCAGCAUCUACCAUCUCUUCAUGAACCAUCACCUCGGGGAGUCGCUGUACCAGACGCUGCUGCACAUCGACAUGCUGGGGAUCUGGAUCACGCAGACCGUCGGGGCGAUCCCCCAGAUGGUGGCAGCCACGCGAUGCCUCCCCUGGACCCUUCGCUGGAGCAUCUUCACGCUCUACACCCUCCUCUCCUUCUACGCUCUCGUCAAGGUGCUUCGGGCGACGGACGCGUGGGCUCGGCGCCUGGCCUUCCAGCUCCUCUUCAUCGCGCGGGUCUGCCUGCUGCUGCUGAGGGUGUCGCCUUACGGCGGGGGGCACCCGGACGUCGCCUUGCACGUCCUGUGCCAGGUCGGUGGCCCCGACGAGGGAAGCCGUUCUGCUCGUCGGAAGCGUGGUUUCGGCGACUCGGAUCCCCGAGAGAUGGUGGCCAGGCGCUUUCGACUACUGCUGGAAUUCCCACAACAUCAUGCACCUCCUUGUGAUCGUGGCCAUGUACCACCUGACCGUAUCCGGCGGAUACGACCUGGCCUGGCUGUCGAAGAACCCCCGCGGUUGCCCCCUCUCCGUCUCGCCCCGACACUGACCCUUGUGAUACACCGAUCGUCUCGUUCACCCCCGGUGCUCCUUUCUGGGACCAUUUUAUUUCAUGCAUUCAUUUCUAUCAUAGGUGUUGUCUCAUUGCUGUUGAGUGAAGUGGCUGCACUGUAUUCGUCCACGUCAAAUGUGAUAGACCUGAAUCCGUCAAACUUUGAUGCCAGAGUACUACAGUCUGAUGAAGUUUGGGUUGUUGAAUUCUAUGCUCCCUGGUGUGGCCACUGCCAAUCUCUUGCACCAGAAUAUCAGAAAGCAGCCACAGCCCUCAAGGGUGUAGUCAAAGUUGGUGCUGUGGAUGCAGCUGAGCAUACAGGUCUAGGUGGCCAGUAUCAAGUACAAGGGUUUCCAACCAUCAAGAUCUUCCAUGGGAAAGGACAAAAGCCCACUGACUUCCAGGGCUCACGAACUGCUCAAGGCAUUGUGGAUGCUGCUCUGAAGGCACUCAAAGACAAGACUUAUGAAAGGCUUGGCAUGAAGUCUGGAGGUGGUGGGAAUGGAGGAAAGACCGGAGAUGUCAUUGAAUUGACUGAUAGCAACUUUGAUGAAACCAUCUUCAGUUCAGAGGAUAUUUGGUUGGUGGAAUUUUAUGCUCCUUGGUGUGGACACUGCAAGAACCUUGCUCCUCAUUGGGCAAAAGCUGCCUCUGAACUCAAGGGCAAGGUGAAAUUGGCAGCCAUUGAUGCCACAGCAAAUCGGGAGAAAGCAACUGAAUAUGGCAUCCAGGGGUUCCCUACAAUCAAGUUCUUCCCAGCUGGUAAGAAAAAGGGAAGCCACAGUGCUGAAGAGUACACAGGAGGACGGACCAGUGCAGAUAUUGUUGCAUGGGCUUUGGAAAAAUAUGAGGUCAAUGUGGAGCCUCCUGAGAUAAUAGAGUUGAUAGAUGCAUCAGUGCUGAAGGAAGCAUGUGAGGAACAUCCACUAUGUGUCAUCUCCAUUCUGCCAGAUCUCCUUGAUUGCCAAUCAAAAUGCCGCAACAAAUACCUGAAAACCCUUCGGGAUCUUGGAGAAAAGUUCAAACAGAAGAACUGGGGUUGGGUCUGGACAUCUGCUCUGUCACAGCCAGCUGUUGAGAAAGCUCUUGACUUGGGUGGAUUUGGCUACCCAGCCAUGGCUGUUCUGAAUCAGAAGAAAAAGAAAUUCUCAACCCUUCGUGGCUCAUUUGACAGCACUGGCAUCUAUGAAUUUCUUAGGGACCUCUCAUAUGGGAAGGGAAUAACAGCCUCCCUGCAAGAUGAUGGAUUGCCUAAGGUGGUUGCUGUUCCUGCUUGGGAUGGACAGGAUGCUGUUAUGGAAGUGACAGAUGACAUCGACUUGUCUGAUGUCAUCUUGGAUGACCUGGAUGCAAAGGAUGAGCUCUAGACAUUUGAGUUGCCCUCCCCCUUCCAAGCCCCCCCCCCCUUGAGUGAUUUUUGUCUCAGUGAAAUUUGUGAUAUGGACCCAGACAUGGCUGCAAAGCAUUUUCUGAUGUGAGUCCUCCUAUUCCACCAGAAGCUUUCUUCCCUUUGUGACCUAUUACUGUUUGGAGGAUCUCUUGCUUGGGAAAUAAAAAAUCGUUUGUUCCUUCUACUUUUGAGGGUCCUGUGGGGAAAAAAAUGAUUAAAAGGAUGUGCAUUCCUCUCAGUUGUCUGUCAAUUUCCAGUCUUUUUCUAUGUGCAAC